AUGGACCUCGGAAAGUCAGCACGUAUCCCAGAGACAUCUCUGAUAGCUCACGCCCCGGGGUGGACAUUGUUCCGCAAUUUGUACAUGUCAAAUGGAACGCUGCUCGUCGUUGCCUCAGAUGCGGAACAGAAUGGAUUCCCCCAAGUCCGAAUGAUGACAAGCACGGGUCUAAUUGCACUCACCACCCCCGAGAAUAUCAGACUACGUGAGCCAACAGAACAGGAGAUGCAGAUUAUCACCCCCAAAGAAGCAUUUGCAAGAUGGGGUGGGAGUUCUUCAACUGACGAGCGGAAUCGCGUCUGGACAGUAGAAGGGAAUACUCUGUUGGUAAAUGAGCCACCGCAAUUUCUGACCCAUUACUAUCACUUUGUGGCAGAGCUGCUCCUCGGCACCUGGGCGUUUUUCUACGGCGCAUUCAAUCCAUCAGCGGGUUUUGUUGACGCACAGGAAUCCUUCGGGCGUACCGACCCGUCCGUUCCAUCCUUCAAUAUUCGUACAAACGGAUACCGACCACCUCCACUUUCUCGACUCAUUUUCCUUCAUGCCCCUUCAGAAGGUUGGAGGGACAAACCCGGCUUCAACUCCUACUUCCUCCGCGCGGCGUUCCCUUCGCUUGAUAUCGAGGUCUCGCAUGACUGGGCCGAUCGGACGAAUAUUACACGCAUCUCUCCUUUGAACGUCCACGACUCGCUGGAUACCGAAAAGGCAUGGCACUUUCCUAUUGCGUUACUCUCGGACCGUAGUGCCGCUUUCCGUGGGGACACUUGUGGAUCUCAGACACAACGCAUUGCUGCUGAAGCUUGGGAGUACAUGUUCGAAAAAGGAGGUCUUGAUCCAUUCGGAGGGUGGUGGAAAGAGAUACGAGAAGCAGUAUUCAGGUUUGCGGGAGCGAAGGUCGGAGGCUCGGAAGAGGCCAGUCAUCAACCACCCUCGAUCAGUAGAAACGUUACCGACCCACAGUCACUUCUCCCACUCCCCGAGCAAGUAACUAUCACGUAUAUCAGCCGUCAAGGUGUUCGCCGCUAUCUCGUUUCAGAGGAUCACAAUAAUCUUGUUGUAGCACUUCGAGAUCUGAUCAAGAAGAAGGCCAAAGAAGGAAAACGCUGGAACUUAAACAUUGUCAAGCCAGAGUUGCUUUCGAAAGACGAACAAGUCAAAUUGGCGUCAGAAACAACAAUCUUGCUCGGCGUGCAUGGCAAUGGCCUGACCCAUCUUGUCCUCAUGAAGCCCAACCGCUAUUCGAGCGUCAUUGAGAUUUUUUAUCCUGGGGGAUUCGCUCGAGAUUACGAAUGGACUAGUCGCUCCCUUGGAAUGAGACACUACUCCGUCUGGAAUGAUACGUAA